CACUGCCAUGUUUGUCAGCCACCAUUUACUCUGGCUUACCAAACCAUAGAUAUCGUACGCCUUUCCCGCCAUAGAAUUCGCUUUCAAGGAGACAUUUCGAGUGAUCGAAGGCGAUUUGAUUACUAGCGCUGCCUGAUCAAUCACCAUAGCAGCUCUCAGUUACUCGAUAAUGGCAGAACUUCGAAACUUCGAUCGGAAAAUUGGACUGCCAUCACUGUCCACUUAAAUCGACAAAUUAUAAGAUGCCGAGAACGGAGGACAUUCUCAAACUUCCGGUGCAAGAUCCAACAUGCUUGGAGUUCUCUGCUGCUCAUAUCAUGUGGGAAAAAAUAGAAGGUGGUCGUCAAGGUGGUGCUGAUAUCGCUCUAGUUCCAUUUUCUAGAGUUGAGGAUUUCGUAAAAGGAGAAUCUUCCAAUGCAGAAUGUCCUGCUCGCUUUCGCAUUGAAUCAAGAAGGAAAAGAACUGCAGGGAGUGUCAGCAAACCAAGGCUCGAUGGUUAUCUCGAAUAUAUAUUGUAUUGGUGUUCUUAUGGUCCAGAAGAUUACCGAGCAAGUGACGUUGGUGUUAGGCGUAGCUCAAUCAUCAAACCUGCAUCUGGGAAGAGCAGCAGACCAGGAAGACGUCACAUGAUGAGAGGUUGCCUCUGCCACUUUACUGUUAAGCGCUUAUAUACACAGCCACAUCUUUCUCUCAUCAUCUAUAACCAAAGAAAGCAUAUUGAUAAGUCAGGAGCUCCUUGCCAUGGGAUACUUGACCAUGAUGCUGUUGGGACAAGAGCUAUGUAUGCGCUGAGAAUUUCAGCGGAAUUACGUCAAAAGAUUAUGUCCAUGCUGCAUGAAGGAAUAUCUGUAGACAAUAUUGUUCAGCACCAUACAGAGGUUGUACAGAGGCAAGGGGGACCCCGAACUCGUGAUGAUUUUCUUUCUCGUAGUGAUGUCCGUAACAUGGAAAGAGCUAUUCGUAAUUCUUCACAUGAGCUUCAUCCAAAUGAUGAUUGUAGUGUGAAGAUAUGGGUGCAACGAAAUAAGAAAAUCGUUUUCUUCUUUCAAGAGCGUAGUGAUUGUGAGCCUUUUGUCUUGGGCAUACAAACAGAUUGGCAGCUACAACAGAUGUUGCGUUAUGGUCGUAAUGGCUCUGUUGCUUCCCAUUCAACAUUUGGAUCAAAGAAACUACGGCUUCCACUAUGUAGUUUACUUGUUUUUGACUCAUCCCAAAACGCCAUUCCCGUUGCUUGGAUCAUUGCAUCCUCUUUUGCUGAUCAAGACAUUCGUAAAUGGCUUGGAUUGCUAGCUGAAAGACUUCGUGCGAAGGAUCCCAAAUGGAGAAUUGGUUCCUUUUUAUUAGACAAUCCUUCUUUUGAGGUUUCUAUUAUAAGGGAGGCUUUUCAGUGUCGGGUUCUAUUAUGCAUAUGGCAUGGUCGUCGCAAUUGGAUGAGGAAUCUUCUUAAAAAGUGUUCUAAUUUGGAUGUACAAAGAAAGAUGCUUAAGCAAUUAGGGAAAGUUUUGUAUUGCACAAGGAUUGGGUUAGGUUUUGCAGAUGCAAUGGAGCAGUUCAAGGAAAUAUUUGCUGAUCAGUGUGCUUUUGUUGAUUAUCUUACAAAUACGUGGUUGCCUGACAUAGAAUUGUGGAUAAACAGUAUACGGUCGCUACCUGUUUCCACUUUGGAGGCUAAUGCGGCGAUUGAAUCAUACCACAUUAGAUUAAAAUCCAAGCUUUUCAAAGAGCAAAACAACAGUUCCUUGUCAAGAGUUGACUGGCUGAUCCACACUCUUACAACUCAGUUUCACUCCUCAUAUUGGUUAGACCAAUACUGUCUAGUGAACGGAUAUUUUGGGAAUUUCAGAGAUAAAUCCAUCUUAACUAAUGCAUGGAACAAGGCAUUACACAUCCCAGAUGUAGAUGUUAUGCUAGAUGAGUCAAAUCUUCAGUUUGCAAAAGUAAUAUCUCAGUCAAAAAGAAAUCUGGAAUAUACAAUUUGGGAUCCUGGUUCAGAGUUCUCUUUAUGUGAUUGUUCUUGGUCAAGGAUGGGAAAUCUCUGUAAACAUGUCAUCAAGGUCUCACUGAUAUGUAAAAGGCAGCAAGCUGCAAGACCAUUGUUGGCUUCUCAAGUUUAUCAGGAUCAUGGGACAAACUGUCAGCACAACCCUGUUCUUUUUUACCAUUGAUUACAUUUACUGACAUACAACAAGAAGCAGAAGGCUCGAAGGAUUUGUCAGAUGGUGGCUUGCUCCAGCUUAUACAUCUUGAUACUGAUUCCCAGAUGGAAGAUAAUGUUCUCUUCUCUGAUCCUGAAAUUUUCAAUGCAAGUUUUGUAUCAGUUUCAUUGUUUAGUAACUAUUUAUUUAACUUUUGUCAUAAAAACUAUGAAUAAUUUUGUUUGUUCUAUCAGAUAUGGGCUGGUAGAAAAGGCUUAGCCAUAAUAUGAGUUCUACGUUGGCCAGGAUCUGAGAGUUUCAGAUGGAUGAAAUGCAGCUGAUAGGGUCUGAAGGAUGGCCACUCUGUUGAUGAGGUCCACAUUUGGUUUUGCAUUAAAGCUGUUUCACUUUUGCUAGAGGUGGGGAUGGUAAUGUGAUACUGAUGGCGGUGACGGCAAUAUUGAAGUUAUGGAGGUGAUGAUGGUGUUGAGGAUUGUUGGAAGGUAGUCCCACGUUGGCUAAUUAAGAGGUUGAUCAUGGGUUUAUAAAUAAGGAAUAGAUCUCCAUUGAUAUGAGGCUUUUGAGGAAACCAAAACCAAAGCCACGAGAAUUUAUGCUCAAAAUGGACAAUAUCAUACCAUUGUAUAAGGCAUUUUGGAGGUUCGUGAAUCCUAACGAGUGGGGAAGGAGAUGGUGAAGAUGAAGGAAGAAGAUGGUGAAGAUGAAGGAAGAGGGGCUGCAAGCGGUUUACAAGAAAUUGUGAUCAACAGGCCUGGACAGAAAUACUUUACAUUGCAAAGUUGAUUGCUUUGGCUUUGCUCACAAACAAUUCCCGUGGCUUGCCCAGUGAAAAGUUUGUAUUGUAUACUAAAUUUCUGCAGCUUGAGAAGCUUGCAGACAGGUUAUUAUGUGUCACAUUGAGCGUUUCCAAGCUCGGCAUUUUCCCAUGGGACUUCGGAAACUGAUGGCCAAGAUUAUAAAGAAACGCUUUCAUUAGAUACUAUUGUUCAUUGCGGUUUCUUCACUCGGUGUACUUGACAUGGCAAGACAUCCACGAAACUUAUUGGCAAGAACAAUCACAGAAAUUGGCGAGUUUUUAAAUAAUCAGGCAGUACGAAGGCAAAUCGAUAGUGGUGGAUAAAAAUUGUAAUAGAGUUCUUUAUCAAAAAAGAAAUUGGCGUACUCACCUUCAAACUCAUUGAACUGAAGGCCAAGAUAUUUAUGACUUGGGAAAUUUAGAACAUCAAGAGGAAAUUUCCCUGCAAACCAGUUGUUUUGGAAACUGUUUAGAACUUGAUAGCAAAACUGAUUUAAAAAUUGUGGAAAAUGGCAUAUCAGAUAGAAGGUGUAGCUCUUCAGGAAGAUAUCCAGUAAUGUUUCCAUGGUUUAGAUCAAUGCCUUCAACAUAUAGGAUUUAAGGGUCAUCAAGAGCUUUGAAGCAAACGCACCUGUACAGUAGCGCAUAUUGCAUCCUACCCAAUUGGCAGUUAUGUUUAGCAGGUUUGAGAUAAUGGCUUUUCUCCAAGCUUAUAGAGCAAGUGCUCAGACUGUGAACCUGCAAGCUCGUUUUGUUUAUGAAGGAUAAUUUUUGAGCUACGAUGAGGCAAACAAGCGUGAGAAAGGUGGUUUUGAGAAUGGUGGCAUGCUCAAAUUUUGCAGGAUACUAAGUGACGAUCGUGAGGGAAACGCAUUGCACUGUGGAGGCUACCAUUUCCGAGUUCAUGACAGUUGAAGGACGCUGGAUGUUAAAGCAUACGUGUGUCACUGUGGCAACAUCUUUUUCAGUAUUGAAGAUAAUUCAAAAGAGAGGGGUAGAAGAGGAAAUUCAUGCGCUGGCCAUAAGGGGGAUGGCGACACCCGAAACUCCACCGUAUCGCUGUCGUUCUUUGAGAAACGCGCGUUGCGAAGCCUCUGGAAACCGCGCCCUCGCCUUUACUAUAAAUACCGUUUCUCUUUGAACUGUACCUCACACACCUUCGGAUUCUUGUCUUUCUCGUCUUCAUUUCUCAUCUGGUUCUUGAACUCAUCGAGUUUCUCGGCUGUUCGGUGCUUCGAUUUUUGUGUUCGAUCUCUUUUCGUAGCUGUUUUUGGUAUUCGGGUUCGCAUCUGCAAGCUUGUGUGUUCGCCGACUGAACGAAGUUCGUUAUUCUAUUUAGAUAAUUUUCUGUGGUUUUUCUGUAGUUUGUAAUUCUUGUUUUUGAUCAUCUUUUGGUGGAACGGUGGAUUUUAGUUUUAUCUUGUCUUCUUUCUUCGGCAAAUGUGAUGUGCAUUUGCUUUCUGGCUUGAAUUUUUUGUUUGGUUUCUUUGAUGAUUUUAUCGCGAAAUAGAUGGGGAUUUGGGAUCUUAUACCUUCUGGUUUAGUUCAACUUGUUGUGAGUGGUUCUCGAUUGUGUUCUUGUUCCCUCGGCAACUACAAUUGUGGAGGUAUAUGGUCCCAAAUUUUCUAUAAUUUUUUUUGCUUGCGAUAAUGAAGUCAAAUUUCUCCUUGCAAUUUUUUGGGUGCGCACUAGGCUGUUUGGUUCUCUGCGAUUAAUGGCUCUGGGGAUGUUCGUUCCCUAGUUUUGUCUGAGGUUUCUCUUGCAGCUAGGUGUUGCUGAAGUUGAUGGAUUGAGCGAUGUUUCGAUUUGAUGAUAUAUCUUGGUCUGAAGUUUUUGUAUUUCUAGAGUACAUUUUGAUUGUGUGUUGAAAUGCUUUUCGGUUAGGGUUUUGUUUAUAGAAACUAAGAGCUAGAUGUCUGUUAAAAUUCCUUGCCUCCUGCAGUAUUGAAGACUUUGACGUCCGUUUUUGAAGUUGUUGAACUGAGUAGUGCUCAUGAAUGGAUGUUACAUCCUUGAUCACAAUUUUGAGGUUUUGACUUCGUUUUC